AUCCGAUCAGCCUCAUCAAUAGAAGCAAAAAAUCCACCCGUUGGUCCGAAAUGUACAAGAUCAUCGUAGCCGUUGCCUGUUUGGCUGCUCUUGCCGCGGCCCUGCCUUACAAGCCGGUGGCUGAACCGGAAUAUCAUGAAGAAAAGGAGGCCCAUCACCCCGCACAGUACAAGUUCGAAUAUGGAGUAAAGGAUGGCCACACCGGUGACCACAAGACCCAGUGGGAGCAUCGCGACGGAGACCACGUAAAGGGACAGUACACCCUGGAUGAAGCCGAUGGUGGCCAUCGCCUUGUUGAGUAUGAAUCCGAUGCUCACGGUGGAAUCCAGAUCCAGGUCACGAAAGUUGGCGGACAUGGCCCAGCUCCAAAGGUGCAUGAACCGGUGCCAAUUGUGCCGGUCAAGUCUGGCAAGAGCGCCCAUCAACAUGGAGGUGAUAGCUACGUCAGCUUGAAGAAGCAGCGGUACUAAGUUGAAG